AUGAUUUCUCAAACAUCAUUUUCAUCUUCAUCUAUGAAGCUUUUAUUGUUCAUGGUUCCACUCAUAACUAUUGCAGGAUUAGUUUCUGUAUUAGGUCCUAAUCCUUCUAAUUGGACUCUAAUCCAAAAUCCACCUCUCUCAUGGACUUCACAAAAUCUUGUUGCGGUUGAUUUUCAUGACUCUGUUUUCAACCAAUCUUCUACACCUCCAAUUUCUAUUCAACCUAUUAUUCAUCAACCAUUGGAGAACAAAGAUAAAGAAAAUCUCAAUGUCUCCCAAAAUUUUCCCAACAACACAAAUUCUGUGAAUGAAUCUCAUAUUCUUCAAGAGAAACAAAACCUCCCAAGAAAGUUCAGCAUCUUAGACAGAACAGAAGCUGGUUUACUACAAGCUAGAGCUGCAAUAAGAAAAGCAAAAUAUGGGAAUCAAACACAAGACAUAGAUUAUGUUCCAACAGGACCAAUGUAUCACAAUCCUAAUUCAUUUCACAGGAGUUACUUAGAAAUGGAGAAACAAUUCAAAGUAUUUGUGUACGAAGAAGGCGAACUUCCGGUUUUCCAUAAUGGACCGUGCAAAAACAUAUACUCAAUCGAAGGCAAUUUCAUCCAUGCUGUCGAGAUGAAUGAUCAAUUUCGAACAAAAGACCCUGAAAAAGCACAUGUGUUUUUCCUUCCUUUUAGUGUUGCAAUGAUGGUCCAAUUCGUCUAUAUACGUGACACUCAUGAUUUUGGUCCCAUUAAGAAAACCGUCAAGGACUAUAUCAACGUCGUCUCGGAAAAAUAUCCCUUUUGGAAUCGAAGCCUUGGAGCGGAUCAUUUCAUGCUUGCUUGCCAUGAUUGGGGGCCAGAGACAUCAAAGGCAGUUCCAAACUUGUUUAAAAACUCAAUUCGUGCUCUCUGCAACGCCAACACCUCCGAGGCAUUCAAACCUAAAAAGGACGUAUCUAUUCCAGAAAUCAAUCUUCGAUUUGGUACAACACAUGGUUACCUCGGCGGGCCAUCACCAUCCAAGAGAUCACUUUUAGCUUUCUACGCGGGUGGGCUUCACGGGCCCAUUAGGCCAAUUCUACUAGAACAUUGGGAAAACAAAGACGAAGACAUCCAAGUUCACAAGUACCUUCCAAAGGGUGUUUCCUACUACGAUAUGCUCCGAAAAAGCAAGUUCUGUCUUUGUCCUAGCGGAUACGAGGUAGCGAGUCCGAGAGUCGUGGAAGCCAUUUACACAGGUUGUGUUCCGGUGUUAAUUUCAGAUCAUUAUGUUCCUCCAUUCAAUGAUGUUUUGAAUUGGAAAUCAUUUUCUGUUGAGGUUUCUGUUAAGGAUAUACCAAACUUGAAGAAAAUAUUGACGAGUAUUUCUCCAAGACAAUAUAUAAGAAUGCAAAGAAGAUUAGGAAAUAUUAGGAAACACUUUGAGGUAAAUUCUCCACCUAAGAGAUUUGAUGUGUUUCAUAUGAUACUUCAUUCUAUAUGGCUUAGAAGAUUGAAUUUUAGAGUUCAUGAUGAUCAAUAA